AGUUCUGAGAGCAAACAUGCGCAUCGUGAUUCAGAGAGUGAGCUCCGCAAAGGUGGAAGUCGGCGGAGAACUGAUUUCCUCUAUCGGAAGGGGACUGUUCGUUCUGAUUGGCAUUUCCAGAACAGACGCCAAACCAGAUGCAGAUUUCAUGAGAAAAAAAAUACUGAAAUCAAAAUACUUCGAGGAUGAAUCCAAAAAAUUGUGGUCGAAGAGCGUUGUCGACCUCGGCUUAGAACUUCUCCUCGUUAGUCAAUUCACGCUGUAUGCAAAUUUGGGCAAAGGAAACCGUCCGGAUUUUCACCGGGCGAUGCCCUCGGCCCAGAGCAGAGAUUUUUACGAGCAGUUCGUUGAGGACAUAAGAAAGGAUUACGAUUUUCUGAAGGUCAAGACUGGGAAAUUUGGCCACGAGUCAGUCUGCACGAUUGUUAACGAGGGACCGUGCACGAUUCAAAUCGAUUCCAGAGACCACAUCAAGGAUCCAGCCCAAAGCAACCCGUAGCCUCGUAGUAUAGAGGUCUCGAUGGAGACUCAAAAAUGUUAAAAAAAAAAAAAAAAUGAAUCUGCGAAUCGUCGUCAUCUAGCUCAUUCCUUUUGUAA